UGUAUACAAGUUUUCUCUAAUUCUUUGUCUUAAAAGUUUAUGGAUUGGGCAACAGUCAUGAAUCUUCCCAGCUCCUCUCAAAGAGGAAGACCAAAAUCCAUUUCUCUAAACACUCCAAAGCUCCUCAUCAAUAAUGCCAAGCCCAGAAAAGACCGUCACUCCAAGGUGAAUGGUCGAGACCGCCGCAUACGGCUGCCGGCUCCCUGUGCUGCCAGGAUCUUUCAGCUCACUCGUGAGCUCGGUAACAAGACUGAUGGUGAGACCAUUGAGUGGCUUCUACGUAAGGCUGAGCCCUCUAUUGUUGCAGCUACAGGCCAUGGUAUCACUUCUAAGGCCAAUAUUGCUCCGGCUCCUCCUGUUGCUGCUGCUGCUUCUGGCCAAUCAUUUAUAAGUCCUUUAUCCUCUGGCAAGCUUCCAUUGGGUCGUGUGGAUUUUUCAGGUCCUGGGGUUAUGUACCCUUGUGAUGCAAGUGGUGCCGUAACUAAAGCCCAAGGGAUUCUUCUCAAGAACUGUGAGUUUCCCAGGCCUGAACAGGCUUCCCCAUCGUUUGAGUUUGAUCUGGUUGCUAAUUUUGAUAAGGAAUUUGCCGUCAACGAUGUUUUCCAAUUCAUGACAGGCAAUGAUCUUGAGGGAGAGGUGCAACUGCAAGUGUAAGAAAAUGAAACAAUAAUAAUAAUUUUAUAUGAUUAAUAGCAUCAUUUUUCUUUCUUUCUUCCUUCCGAUUUUAGUUUAUGUAUUAGCUUCUCCGGUUCUAUGAGUUCAUGAAGCCUGUGGAAUGUAGAAGAGAAGCUUC